AUGAAGGAAAGUACGACGAAGAACGACGUCUCAAAUGGUGCAAUAAGCCCUGAUGUCUAUUGUUGGCCGGAUGAAGAAGUGCACAGGGAACCUUCUAGGUUAUCUCGUCGAUGUGGUCCUAUAAGACAAUUUAAGGAAAGGCUGCAUCAUCUGCUGCAGCAUAAGGUGUUUCAUCUCACCGUUGUUGGACUUGCUGGACUGGAUGGCGUUUUUCUUAUACUCGUUCUCUUCCUGGGAAUCGAACGAUUACAGUCUUCUGAUGCUGAAAUGGCGAGGGUGUUUGAAGAGGCAAGGUUCGUCUUCGAAUGCGCAAGUCUUGCAGUCGUGACUGUAUUCAUCCUGGAAUUUCCGCUGAAAUUGUGGGUAUUUGGAAUUCGAUUCUACCGCACAAGUUGCGUGGAGACAGUCGAUGCCCUGGUCUGUCUCGUUAGUUUUUCGAUCGAUGUCUACGUAAUUGUCGUAAAUGAAAGCCACCGUGGAGAG